AUGGAGGCAUUCCUGAUAUUGAUGCUGAUUUUAUCAGUGACAGCAACAGAAAUGGAUGCAAGGAACGAAGAAGACGUUGUUGCAGCAACCAGAGAGAUGCAGAAGGCAAAUUACUUUACCUUUGUAAUGCUCAUAAACAUGUCUCCACCUGACACAAGACUCGUGGGGAAUGUGACUUUCUUGAUGCCCAACGAUCGAAUGCUAGCUAACAUGGUUUUGCAAGAAGGAUCUGUCUCUGACUUCUUGCUUAGGCAUUCAAUUCCGUCACCUUUGCUCUUUGAAGUCUUGGGACAGUUCCCAACAGGAACAGCUAUUCCCACUUCAUUACCUAAUUGCAUGCUCAGAGUAUCUAACAAUGGUAGGAAGAACUAUGUUCUAAACAACGUUAAACUCAUCAGCCCAAAUAUAUGUGUAGCAGGAUCCUCGAUUCGGUGUCAUGGAAUUGAUGGGGUUCUGUCAGAAGUUUGUACAUCAGUAGGUAACUACAGUGUUCCCUCACUCACAUGUGAUAAUAGCACACAACAACCUUUGUGUAAGGCCUCACCUAUUUCACCUUCUUUGCCUUCAGCUCCUUCCCCUGCUAGGGACAUCCUUAAUAAUUCUCCUACAUUUCCAACACCUGAUGCAACAACACACAAAUCAGGAUCUCCCUAUCGGUUUUCUUAUCAUAUAUCCUUAGUCUUUUUAAUGUUGUCUCUUAUAGGCAUCUCUAUCUAA